AUGGGGAUAUCAUGGUGUCAACAGUCGGUGACACAGAGAUGGUUGAAUGGGCAAAUCACUAACUUCCAGUAUCUCAUACAUCUGAACACCUUGGCAGGAAGGUCCUACAACGAUUUGUCGCAGUAUCCAAUAUUGCCAUGGGUACUGGCAGACUACACAUCGUCGAAUUUGGACUUCACAAAUCCGAAGACGUUCCGUGAUUUGUCAAAACCGAUGGGUGCGCAACAUCCACAGAGGCUCGAGCAAUUUUUGAAGAGGUAUCGAGAAUGGGACGAUCCUACUGGAGAAACGCCUCCGUACAUGUACGGUACUCAUUACUCUUCUGCCAUGAUUGUUGUUUCAUACCUAGUCCGGCUAGAACCGUUCACUCAACAAUUCCUCAGUCUUCAGGGUGGCCACUUUGAUCUCGCGGAUAGAAUGUUCCAUAGUAUCGGUGAUGCUUGGAUCAGCGCAAGCCGCAACAACAUGGCUGAUGUGAAAGAGCUGAUACCAGAAUUUUUUGUGUUACCAGAAUUGUUGCUGAACAAGAAUAAGUUUGAUUUUGGUGUCAAACAAAACAGAACGGAGUUGUGUUGGAUGAUGUGGUUCUUCCUCCUUGGGCCCAUGGCGAUGCAAGGGAAUUCGUUCGGUAGGCUUCACCGUCAAGCUUUGGAAUGCGAUUACGUGUCUUCCCACCUCCAUGAAUGGAUUGAUUUGGUUUUCGGGUAUAAACAGAAUGGCGAUGAAGCCGUUAAGGCUAACAACCUCUUCCAUCAUCUGUUCUACGAAGGCAGUGUAGAUUUUGAAUCGAUUAUCGAUCCUUUGACGCGAAACGCUACCAUAGGUUUCGUGAACAAUUUCGGACAGAUUCCUUCUCAGUUGUUCAAGAAGCCUCAUCCACAGAAGAAGGUCAGUCCAGUGGAUGGCUUUUCGAAUACUCCCGGUGUUACAACUCAGCGACUUUUCUAUCAUUGCCUUCACUCCCUGAAACCCCCACAAAAUCCUAUAAAAGAGCUUCGGUCUGCCAUCGGAUCAAUCUACCAAAGUGAACGUGCUGGACUCAUAGCUUUAGAGCAGAAUAAGGUGUUGAUCGGUACGAAUCGAUACAUUGCAUGGGGUUAUCCUGAUCGUUCAAUUCGCAUGGGCCAGAUCGAUUCAGAUAAGUCAUCCUGCAUUCAUGAAAUGUGCGACGCUGAUGAGUUGACAUGCGUGGCAAGCGGUGAUGAUCGCACGUUGUUCUGUGGCAGUAGCACUGGAUGUUCAUCCUGCAUUCAUGAAAUGUGCGACGCUGAUGAGUUGACAUGCGUGGCAAGCGGUGAUGAUCGCACGUUGUUCUGUGGCAGUAGCACUGGAUGUGUGAGGUUCGUA